CCAGCCGGGUAGCGGACUUGGCCGUUCCUGCUCUCCCGACCCGGCCGAAGCCGUAGCCCGGCGUCCGGCACCCCGAGCGGUUAUCUCUGGCCGCGGCGCGCGCGGCUCGGCCUCUUGUGUCCUCGCGCGAGCAGGGAUCCCCGCGGGUCAUUGAGGAGGGGAGGGAGGGGAGGAGCGGAGCCGGCUCAGAUCGAGGCUCCCCCCGCCCCCGCUGCCUCCUGCGCGCGCCUCCCUCUCUCCCCCCCACCCCUUCCCCGCCUCCCUCCCUCUUUACCCCUUGCCUCCCUCUCUCGUCCCGCGUGCCUGAGCUGCAGCGGCGGCCACACAGCGGCGGCAGCGCGGGGGACGCGGGCAGAGGGGGGGACGCGGGCACCGCAGGCACGGCGGCCCGGGCGUUAUGGCACCGAGCGCCGCGAUCGGGCAGCCGCGGGAGAAGCGGAGCAGCAAUGCCAAAUGAAUAUAACUACAUGAAACUGAAGAGUGAUUGCCCUCCCUCUCUGCCAUGGUAUGCCCAACCUCCCAAAAAAAUGAGAAGACCCAGCCUGUUAUUAAAAGGCAUUCUCAAAUGUUUGCUACUUGUGUUUGGAGUGUGGAUCCUCUAUAUCCUCAAAUUAAGUUACAGUGCUGAAGAAUGUGACAUGAAAAGAGUGAAUUAUGUGGAUCCUGAGCGUGUAAAGAGAGCACAGAAAUACGCUCACCAAGUAUUGCAAGGGGAAUGUCGGCCUGGUUUUGUGAAAAAGGAGAUGGAACGAUUAUUUGGUCAGAAAUAUGAUAUGGACUCAUCCCCUUUUGUGAAAGAAAAUAUGGAAAUGAAUGAAGAUAUAUAUAAAUAUGAUCCUCCAUUUGGAUUUCGCAAGUUCUCCAGUAAAUUGCAAAAUCUUUUAAAACUUUUGCCCGAACACGAUUUGCCUGAAAACCUGAAAGCAAAACGUUGUAAACAUUGUGUUGUUAUGGGAAAUGGUGGAAUACUGAAUGGACUCGGACUGGGCCACAUAUUGAAUCAGUUUGAUAUUGUGAUAAGGUUAAACAGUGCACCAGUUCAGGGAUAUACAGAUCAUGUUGGGAAUAAAACUACUAUAAGGAUGACUUAUCCAGAGGGAGCUCCAUUGUCUGACCUCGAGUAUUUUUCUAAUGACUUGUUUGUUGCUGUUUUAUUUAAGAGCGUUGACUUCAACUGGCUUGAAGCAAUGAUAAAAAAUGAAACAGUGCCGCUCUGGGUGCGCCUGUUCUUUUGGAAGCACGUCGCUGAGAAAAUACCACUCCAGUCAAAGCAGUUUAGGAUCCUGAACCCAGCCAUCAUCAAAAAUACUGCGAUGGACAUGCUGCAUUACCCAGAACCUCAAGCUAGAAUCUGGGGCUGGAGUCAGAACGUCCCCACAAUGGGCAUCGUUGCUGUUGUCCUGGCCACUCAUCUGUGUGAUGAAGUCAGUUUGGCGGGUUUUGGAUAUGAUCUCAACCAGCCCAAGACUCCUUUACACUACUUUGACAACCUCUGCAUGGCAGCAAUGAAUGAACAAACUAUGCAUAAUCUGACAACAGAAACCAAAUUUCUGCAAAAGAUCGUGAAAGAAGGGACUGUGAAAGACCUGAGCGGAGGAAUACAUUGUGAAUUUUAAGGAAGAUGAAAAAAGUAACCUCACGAUUUCACCUGAGAGGACAGCUUGGAACGUGACUCCGCAAACAGGUUGCUGACCAUGUUCUCCAUAUUUUUCAUUGUGUUAGCAUUUUGAAAAAUAAUUGGGGGUUUUCUUAUUCUUUAAAGAAAAAUCGAUUUAUUUUCUUGUGUUAUUUAUUUGAGGUCAGUGUUUGUUUUUGCACAAUAUUUGUGUAAGUUGAUUUUAAGAACUGAACUUGGAAGAUUUUUUAAAAGAGAAUUUAUGUAAUAUUGUUUUAUUCUAUUUUGGAAAAGAAUUUUCAUUUUAGAAAUUUUCUGUAUACUGCACAUAGAAUACCGGAGGGAAAAGGUGUCAAUGGUUCUCUGGUGGUUUUUACAUGUUUAUUUUCCAACUUGUUGUUUUAUGUGGUUGCAUGAAUUUGUGGAAUCCUUCCAAGGCCGUGCAGAGAAGGGCUGAAGGCCAGCGGAGCUGGGGAUGCGGUUUCACUGGGGCACAGGCCGGGAGUAGAGGGAGCAGAGAGAGCCAUCCUGAUUGGUGAUGGCCACAUCUCUUAGUUAUCAUAAGACCUUUCAGAACCUCUAAGUCAGAAUAAGGGAACCUCACUGAGGGACCAGGAUGGCUGGGACAGAGUCUCCCCAUCUUCACCUAAGUAACCAAAUAGGACAAACAACUCGGUCUUCACAGAAAUAGUGGCUGUUUGGCUGCUCAGAAUGGGGGUACAAGAGACUUGGAUUAUGUUGCUGUUUGUAGAUUAUUGUUUUUCCUUUUAUUCCUGAUAAUUCACUCUCUUAAUUCAAGUUGCUCUGCUUUGUGCUUAUGAAAAAUUUUUGGUUGUUAUUGUGGCUUUUGUUAAUGUAAAACUUCUGUUAUCCAGAAUUUCCAGAGAAUAAUACAUUCCGGAUAAGGUGAUUUUUCUUUUUAGAUAGAUGAGACUUUUUCUAGGUAUUGGAGUUUUCCAAAAUAUGGUAGGUAUUUCAAGUGUGUUUUACUCUCGGAAUAGGAAUGGGAUCAGCUAGCGUCAGUGUGAACUUACCUCACUGCUUCUCACUGUCAUCCACACAGAGACAGGGAGUGACUUCCCCACACUAUGAAAUAACAAGCCUGGCUGGUGGCCUACUGUGAAACCUUGGGGAGAUGCACUUUACUCUCUUUUGGGGCACACAUCCCCUCUCUGUCUGGGCUUGGGGGGGACUAUAUCGUACUGAAGGACAGAGGCUCUUCCCCGCACUAACCGCCUCAGGCCACAGAGAUGCUCUUUUCUCUGCUGCCAGGGUCCCCAGCCUGCUGCCCCCCGGGCUGCUCGUUACGUGCCUCCUGCCUUCUCUCCCUUUGCUCAUAGGUUGCCUUCCUUUUUGUCUCUCUUGCUUCCAGUUGCCAUAGCUUCUGGGCUUCUGGGGGUUGUUUCUAUAAAGUCAUUUUUAUAGAUGUUAUCAGCCCUUUGGUACCUAAUACAGGGAUUUUCACAGCUU